AUGUCUCGAACGAAGCCUCAGAAUAUCGUCAUAGUGGGAGGGAGUCUAGGUGGUCUAUUCAUGGGCGUUGCGCUUAAACGACUCCGCCAGAAUCUCAACAUCCGGAUCCUCGAACGUAACCAAACUCCGUUACUUCAAGAUCAAGGCGCCGGACUUGUCGCAAAUUCUGAUGUAUUGCAUUUCUUCAGCAAAUAUGACCAUACACGAACGCCUUUGACUGUCACAAGUCACCGGCGACAGUAUCUCAACAAGGAGGGAGAGGUCAUAGAUCGCGAGGAUCGAGAGCAGCAAAUGACGAGUUGGGAUCUGCUGUACCAUCUCUUGCGGGCAAAUUGUGAUGGCGUAAAGAGCGAGUAUGCGGAAGUGCCGAAGUCUCAGGAGAAUGAAGGUACCUUGUCAUACGAGUACGGCUGUACCGCAACAGACAUCAAGAUUCCGACCUCGACAACAGCCUCCGAUAUGGACUACUCUGAACCUGUUCAGAUCACCAUCAAGCACUCUUCAGGGAAGACGUCGAUCACAGAGGCAGAUCUGGUCAUCGCUGCAGACGGGCCGAGUUCAACAAUACGAGCAAAAUACCACCCUGAGAUAAAGCGAACGUAUGCUGGCUAUGUCGCCUGGCGCGGCACGAUUCCGGAAGAUCAAGUAUCAGAAGAAGCCAAGAAGGUGCUGGUGGAAAGAAUUACUUUCUUUCAUACGCAGAACACCCAAAUCUUGGCUUAUGCCAUUCCUGGGAAGCAUGGAACGCUUGAGCCAGGCAAGCGAUUAUUAAACUGGGUCUGGUACGUGAACUAUAAGGAAGAAUCAACAGAACAUAGGAACAUCAUGACCGACAAGGAUGGAAAGAGGCACCACAUAACACUGCCAGCCGGUGGUGUGCGCGACGACGUGUGGAGCCAACAGAAAGACUUCGCCAAAAGGAUAUUGCCGUCAGCGUUCGCUGAGCUGGUUGAGAAGACCAAAGUACCUUUUAUACAGGCAAUCACGGAUGUGAUAUCCCCAUCUGCCAAUCUUGACUCGGGCAGAGUGUUGCUCAUCGGCGAUGCAUUGGCCGGCGUUCGUCCGCAUACUGGUAUGAGUUCGAAUCAGGCUGCAUUAGAUGCGAUGCAACUCGCAGAGACGAUCAACAAGAUCAUUGGUGGUGCAGGAGAGGAAGUCUUAGAGGAUUGGGAGAAGCAUGUCAUGGAGUAUGCGACAGAGCUGCAGAGCCGUGGCGUUUACAUUGGCAAUCGCAACUGGCAGGCGGAGAACAAGGUAAACGAGCAGCGAAAAGCCCAAGAGAAAAAGUCAAAGCUACGAGCACAAGAGCGACAAGAAAGGGAAGAGCAAGAGCAGCAAAAGUAUAACGAAGAGCAAACGCGCAAAGCUCAGGAGGCGAAAUGGAGGAGGGAAGAAAAAAUGAGGGAGUCACGACUGCGUCAGAAGCAAGCAGAAGAGCACCGCGCGAGAGAGGAAGAGCAGCGUAUGCGCGAGGAACAGGAAGCUAGGCGCGUCAAAGAACAAGAGCAGAAGUUUCAGCAAGAGCGAGCGAAAGCUGAGAUGGAACGCAAAGAGCGAGAGCGCCAAGAGGCCACGAGAGAGAAGUGGCAAGUCGCGCAGGAACGAGAGCGUCAACAGAGGCUGAGAGCGCAAGAACAGCAAGCAGCGGCAGCAGCUGAACGACUCCGUCAACAUCAUGAGAAAGAAGCUGCAGAUGCAGAGGCCAAAUGUCAGAAUUCUUACAGCACUCAGAAAGCACAGAAGGACAAACAGCGAGCCGUCGACGAAGAGCGCCUAAAGCAAGAGCAAGCAUCCAAGCUUCGCCGCGAAGAACGCCAACGUGAAGCAGACGAGCGCUCUCGCCGCGUCAUGCAAGAAGCCCAGGCCCGCCAACGCGAAGUCGCAGAGCAAAAGCUCCGCCUCCAAGCUCCAGAUCCUACGACGCCCAAGAAGCGCCCUUAUCCUGAUACCCCGGACUCGACACCCAAUCGCCCUACCAAGACUCCCAAGGUCAAAACCGACAAUCUUGCGCUGCGCAAUAGCAUGGCGCGCAUCCACGCCCGCGAGAAGCACAUGCAAGCACUCCUGGAUCUCGGCGGCAUGGGUCACGAAGCUGAGCUCAUGGGCGUGUACAUUGAACUAGGCUGGGAUAGGAUGGCCGCAAAGGGCAAGUGCGACUUUUGCAAGCGCAACAUUCAGUUGGAGAUGUAUGUGUGCCCGAGUGGAGAGUCGAAGGCUUGUACGCCGUGCAAGAUGAAAUUUUGCUAUUACAGCUCUUGCUAG